CCCAAGCGCCGCGCCUGCCCCUCUCCGUCAUCACGUGGCCUGCCUGCCUGUCAGCCGCCGCUGCCGUCUCACGAGGUCUCUGAGCGUCAAGACAAGUCAAGACACUCCCGAGACCAGCGCAUCCUGAAAACGCAGUCACCCGCCCGGUCGGAAUGACAGCGCCCCCGUCUGCUCUACCCUGCUCGUCCAGAGCACUACCCCCCAGGCAGAGACAAACAACCUCAUAUCACAAACACCAUCCGUGCCGCCAACAGCAAACACCAUCAGCAACCAACAACACUCAGUGCCAGUCACCCCAGCUCAUCGCAAACGACCCAGGCACCUGAGCCGGCAACCACCACCAUCAUCAUCACACGUGACUAAAGACCCAUCCAGUACUUAUACACAAGUGAAGCGUGGCAGUCGGACAGUGAUCAUCACACCAAGCACCACAGUGACAGCCACUUGAAUUUUAUAGCAAAGAAGACAUUCACCAUGAGAAUCGACAGCACAGUCCUCACCUCCUGCCUCCAGAGAGUCAAAUCCGCCUUCACGCCGUCGAAUGCUCCCACAAUGGAGCCCCAACCACAGUCACCGUCCACUAGCAAGGUCCCAGAGCACCAAGCAGAAGCUGCGCAGGAUUCGGAGUUGGAGCGUGAGAUCCUCGUAUUUGUCGACGUCCCUGAUGUGGACAACGUCCUCUGUUGCCUGUCCAUCAUCAAGGGCUAUCCCGACCGCCGCGCCAACAUCGUUCUGGCGCCCCGCCCUGUCGACUUUGCCGUCAAGCUUUAUCCAGGUCCCGAUGAUGCCCAGGGACGGUCCGGCCCCGUCGAGAGAGCCCUGUUCAAAAUCAUUCCUAAACUGCCAGAUGGCAAGCUCGACAUCGCCACCAUGGUCAGGCGCAAGAUGACGGCCUACACGACACCGCCCGAAUGGGUCAACGAAAUAGAGGACGAAGACGUGCUGCCUUACUUUACCACGCCAGACCGGAUCUUCGAGAUCGGCGAGGGAAACGACAAAAAUGGGCUCAAGGAGGACACGAGGCUCUACAUGAAAACGUCCGCCUACCGAAUUGCCAGCUUUCUACGCAGCAGGGGAAUCCCUUCCUCGCGCUACCGCCUCUACUGGGACGAGGCAUCCAUGGAGAAGAUCGCGCCAGGCAUGAGGCAUGCUUCCCACGUGCCCGACUACACAUAUGGCUAUACAAAACCCAAGAAGGAGCCCAGCGAGGAGAAAGUGACAGAGGAGAAAGUGACAGAGGAGAAAAAGGCAGAGAUCACAGCCAUAGAGGAGCUGGCCGAACAUGAACGGAUACUGCAGGUGGACAACGCAGAUGAGCGCAGGAGGAGGCUCCGGCAAUUCUGCGAACGCUAUAACAACGCGGAAGAGGAGAAGUGCAAGCGUGACGGCAUCAACACCAUCCUAUCGCCAUUUGACGACUUGAUAGCAGAGCAGAAGCAAAGGUCAGAGAGCUUGCAGCAACGGGACUGGCCAGUCAUGAUCGGUGGGCCUUUUACUGAAGCCUUGAAGUGGCUCCAGGAGGACCUUCCCAUGACGAGCGUGACGGCCAUGGCCUGCUUCAUAAGUGGCAGGGAAAACAUUCUCUCCAACCAGUUCAACGUCGCUGUCGACCUUUGGUCAGCAUGGCAGUUCCUCGACAAGGUCAAGCAGAAGAAUAUACCCACCUUGCUCGUGCCGACCGAAUGUGUCAAGGCAAAAGAGUGGAGGAUCAGCAAGGAGGAUCUGGACAGGGCCUUUGCAGGGCACGAGGACAUCAGGACGGCCGUCGAGGAGUUCACCAACCAGUCCAAGGCCCUCGAGAGCGUGACGCUGUACGACUGGGUCGCUAGCAUCAUUGCGCGUGACCAUGACAUGCUGCCUACCAAGCCAAUCCUCCCUUACCUCGCGAAAGAGGUGGUGGUCGAACGCGAGGAGAUCGUGGACGGGGAGAGUAUCCAGACGAAGCACCUUGAGACGCACGAAACCCCACUGCCGCAAGGCUGGAAGGCAUCCCCUUCUCCCCCCGAGUUAAUAUUCAAGGUCAAGCCGGUCGAGCCGGAAGAGGGCGGCAGCGUCAGGAUGUGUUGGGAUGACCCUGGUCCGGAUAACCAGAUUGUCCGCGAUUUCCAUCAGAAGGUUGUAGAGGAGAUGAAGAAGGAUCUCGAACCGGGCUCGCCACUAGGCGGGGGCAAGGAGUCAAAUCUGUAAGAGGUUUCGUUGCUUUACUUUGUAUCACUGGGAAGGGACUUCCUCGGCGUGCUUGGUUCGAGGCAAUCUAUAGCGAGUCUCCCAGGCUUGACAGCCGGGGUUAGGGUGAUCGCCCUGGCGUUGGGGUCUACUAUUGCGUCGUAACGGUAGUCAAGCUAGAAAGUCCCUGUGUCGGGGAAUGUGCUGUUUCUGAAGAGCAGUAUUUCUUGUUCGA